GAGCGGGGUCGUACACCUCUUAUCGGUGCGUUUCUUGCCCGCGAUACAGAAUCAACUCUAAAUAGUUCCAAGGACGCGAUAAAGAAUGAAGACACAGAGUCAGCCAAAGAUCAGCAAGCGGGUCCAAUUCCAGACACGCUACCGUUCUAUCCAGUCGGUACGUUAUGCACUAUCGUUAGUGCGUUGCCGACUGGUGGAGGAGCUCCACUGACUCUUGUCGUUUAUCCGCACUACCGUAUCAAGGCAGAUUUUGAGGCCCUGAAUGAUACUAUUGCCAAUAACGAUACAUCUGCUGAUUCAGAAUUGUCAUCAUCACCGUCUUCUCAGGUGUCUCAGUCACCCCGCACCCAGGCCUCUAUGACGCUGCGGGUUCGGUUAUUGGAACCACUACAUAUUGGUGCAACUGGAUCCGAGAGAGCUCUGGCACAAGAGUGCAUAACGCUGCUUAGUUCUCUCGCUAAAUCGAACGCUUUCAUUCGUGAACACCUUGCUUCAUUCACGCAGCCACUGCCGAGUGUUGAUGAGCCAGAAGCCUUGACAGACCUUAUUGCUGUACUUUGUUCCGGACCACCACAAUCACUUCAGAGGAUCCUGGCCUCAGAGUCUAUGGAAGAACGGUUACGGAUUGCUCUCGAGUUAUUGUUGCGCGAGUCUGAAUCGACACAGUUGCUGAUUGACAUUCGGCGCAGUGUUGAAGAGCGGCUUUCUUCACGCCAUCGUGAGGCGCUUUUACAAGAGCAGUUACGUGCUAUUCAGCGUGAACUUGGCAAUGCGAACAGCAAUUCCCGGCCAACAGGAGAAUCCCUCCGCGAGCGUGCGAUUUCUCUUUUUGAAAGCCGUAUUGCACCUCUACGAGCUAAAAUAAUUGCAGAAUCUCCGACAGUAACUCCACUUAGCACACCAUCAGCCCCAGUGGAGCCCCUUUCACAACCAACAUCACCUGUUACAUUUUCUUCCCUGUUAGCGCCUAGCAUCCCUGCACUGCUGCAACUUAUAGAUGAGGAGAUGGAGCGUCUUGCAAGCGUGGAAGUGAGUUCUGGCGAGUUUGGCAUUAUUCGUACGUAUCUUGACUGGCUUACGGCGCUUCCAUGGCUUUCCAGCCCUGCCAAAAAUACGCCAUCCCUUGAGGAGGCCCGUACAAUUCUUGACACAGACCAUUGGGGGCUGGCAGAUGUUAAGCAGCGCAUCAUCGAGAUGCUUGCAUCUAUCCGUUUGCAAGGCCAAAGCUCUGCUGUCGGAACCAACUCCUCACGCUCCGUAUUGUUGCUAGUGGGUCCACCAGGCAUCGGAAAAACUUCUAUUGCGGCGAGCGUGGCUCGCGCCCUCGGAAGGCCCUUCUAUCGUCUCUCAUUAGGUGGCCUUGCGGAUGUAGCUGAGAUUAAGGGCCAUCGACGCACAUAUCUCGGUGCCAUGCCUGGAAAGCUUAUCCAAGCAUUGCUACAGACGCAAUCACAUGCUCCGGUCAUUCUACUUGACGAGAUCGAUAAAGUUGGUAUGGCAACAAUGGGUGGACGCGUUGGCGGUGACCCAGGUGCUGCACUUCUUGAGGUUCUUGACGGCCGGCAUUUCGUGGAUUAUUUCCUAGAUACUCCCGUCGAUCUUUCUGGAGUAAUUUUUGUUGCCACUGCAAAUCAGACAGAUAGCAUUUCUGCCCCAUUGUUGGACCGGAUGAGCAUUAUCAGAUUGUCUUCAUAUGUUACCGAGGAAAAGAUUGCUAUUGCCAAGCGGCAUUUACUUCCUCAGGCGCUUUCCUCUACAGGGCUCGGCCAUGUUCAUGUUAUUGGCUCGGAAUCACCUAUUUCUGUGGACGAAAAUGCUACUUGUAGUGACCAAGUUGACAAAACCAUGCCCGGUGCCUCUGAUCAGCUAAGCCCUGAUAACAAGAAAAAAUCCAGUGUUGAAGUUUGCUUGAGUCCCAAAACAAGCGAGUGCGUCAUAGAAUUUCCGGAGGCGACAUUGCGGACGCUCAUCGAUAAUUGGUGCCGGGAGCCAGGGGUGAGGCAAUUACGACAAUCCAUCGAACGCAUAUGUCGGCGUAUUGCGGCAACCAUUCUUGAACAUCCGGGUGCGGCAUUUGAUGCUGCCCUCAGCUCCCUAUACAUCAAAGGGAGGUCUGUUAUGACAAAAAUGACAACGGAAAAUACAGUGUCAAUUUCCUCACCCAUUCGUAUUGGUGUCGAGGCAUUGCCGCAGCUCCUUGGUCUGGCACCAUUCUCUUCUGAGCUUAGUGAUUUCGGCAGCAAGUCAUUGCCACCUGGUGUAGUGGCUGGACUUGCAUGGACACCAUAUGGUGGGGCUAUUAUCCACAUUGAAGUGAUUCGUAUCAAUGAGACCGAGAAUACCUCUGGAUCUGAAAAAGAAAAUGACCUGGUGCACUCCUCGUUGGCGCUACCAUUGAAAACCACAGGACACCUUGGGAAAGUCAUGGACGAAUCGGCGGCGAUUGCACAUUCAGUAGUUCGCAUGGCUCUAGCUGCAGAUUCACAAACAUCUCUUGAAGCUAUACCUGCCAAGACAGGCUCGCAUGGAACACUGCAUCUACACGUGCCUGAAGGUGCGACUCCGAAAGAUGGACCAUCUGCCGGAGUUGCCAUGGCCGUUGCUCUGCUCUCGCUGGCCCGAAAUGUCCCCGUUCGCGCAGGGCUUGGUUUUACAGGUGAACUCACACUCUCUGGUCGUAUCUUGCGGAUUGGUGGUCUGCGAGAAAAAGCACUUGCUGCACGGCGGGAGGGGUUGACUGCGAUAGCAUUCCCACGAGCAAAUAUCCCCGAAUGGGAGGAGAUGGAAUGUGCUAAGCCAGAGCCGCUCGUUGGUCCCAGUGUUGGCCUUGUUGGGUUUCCCGUCUCUUCCCUACAAGAGGUGCUCCCCAUUGCCUUUCCGAAAACUUCCUCUCCCACCGCUUAG